AUGGAUUUCACGGAGGCCUAUUCCGAUCGGUGUUCUGCUGUGGGGCUUGCAGCCAGAGAAGGAAAUGUGAAAAUGCUGAGGAAACUAAUUAAGCAGGGAUAUAGCAUCGAUGUUCCAGAUAACAGGGGCUGGGUGCCAAUCCACGAAGCGGCAGCUCACAAUUCGAGUGAGUGUCUGAGGCUCUUGGUUCAUGCAGCUCCGUCUGAUGACUACAUAAAUUCAAAGACGUUUGAAGGCAUGGGUGCGCUGCACCUUUCAGCACGCCAUGGGUCUUUGGAAAGUGUUCAUGUUCUUUUGGAAGCUGGGACUGACCCCAAUGAAGUGACCACCGAAGCAACCACCGCACUGUUCCUAGCUGUUGAAAAUGGACAUGCAGACAUUGUAAAGUUUCUGCUCCAACAUGGAGCAAAUGUUCAAGGACCUCAUUCUUGGUCUGGAUGGAAUUCUUUGCACCAAGCUUCUUUUCAGGGAUGCACGGAGAUAAUGCAAAUGCUCCUGGAGAAAGGGGCAAACAAGGAAUGUAAGGAUGACUUUGGAAUUACACCUUUGUUUGUUGCUGCUCAAUAUGGAAAGCUGGAGAGUUUAAGACUGCUUGUAUCUCAUGGUGCAGAUGUAAACUGUCAGGCCAAGGACAGAGCCACUCCCCUGCUGAUUGCUGCGCAGGAGGGCCACACAGAAUGUGUGGAACUGCUGUUAUCAAAAGGGGCAGAUCCAAAUCUCUACUGCAACGAGGAUAACUGGCAGCUACCUAUUCACGCAGCAGCUGAAAUGGGCCAUAAAAAGAUAUUAGAGUUGUUAAUACCAAUUACUGAUCGGAUUUGUGACAAAGGCAAAGGCAAAGUGAGCCCUGUGUAUUCUGCAGUGUAUGGUGGUAAUAAAGAAUGUCUGGAAAUGUUACUUAAAGAAGGCUACAGUCCAGAUGCUCAAGAGUGCCUUAACUUUGACUGCAGAUCACCCAUGUGUAUGGUAUUCCAAAAAGAGUUUUUUUAUUUCAUUGAUAUUUUCCUGAAAUACGGGAUCACCUUACUUGGGAUUAAUUUGGGAUAUUGCCUGUUCCAUGAAAAGUUUACAUUAUUUCAACGCUUCUUGAAACUGGGCUGUUCACUGCCUUCUGAGGACCAGUUACCAGAAUUCAUAAGUUACACAAUUAAAGCGCAUGAGGAGUACAAGGAAUGGCUGCCUUACCUGCUCUUGGCUGGUUUUAAUCCAGUGAAUUUAAUGCAAAGAUUCUGGAUUUUCUCUGUGAGUGAGAAUGCCCUUAAUUUCAUCCUGGAGUUCACGAACUGGAAGAGACUUCCUCUAGCUGUAGAGCAAGACCUUUCAGACAGAGAAAAGUUCACUUGGACUCCCAAGAGCCAUUUUGCCUUCAUUCCUUCCCUGUCUCAUCUUUGUCGUCUUGAGAUCCGGUCCAUUUUAACGAGUGAACGCCUGCGAUCGAACCGAUUUAUCCGGGAAUUGCCAUUGCCAGCUUGUCUCCAGGAUUACCUUCUCUACUUAGAUAUACUGCGAGCCAACGCUAUCCCAGAAGCGGAGGAUUAUCUGCGGCAGAGAGAGGAGGGAGCUCCCUCUGCCAGUCACUCCAGCGCUGAAGACGCAGAGAGGAGGGACAUCUGCAAUGCUGGUGCUAGGUGA